AAAUAAAAUCAAUCAUAUAACUUUCCCAUAAGCUUUUCCUAAAUAAAAUUUCUACAAAAGAUGCUACCAAGAAUUAAAUUUCCAUACACAUAUAUACAGGUUUUAUUAAAUAUAUCCAGUUUUGCAGUACUUUACAUCAGCGACUUUGCUUUUUCACACUUUACAGAUGAAUGCACAGAAAACGAAUUUUUGAUUCUUCUAUGCAAGAGUAUAUAAUGUAUUCAUUCUUGCAACGUAUGAAUGCUACUAUGGCACAGGCAGAGAAAAGUAAUAGCGAGUCAGCUAACUUACGAAUGACAAAUUGGAUGAAGGAUUUGCAAAAUACAAAAGUCGAACGAAGUGAGAUGAACAAACUUGUUAUGGAUUAUUUAAUCACAGAAGGAUUUAAAGAUGCUGCUGAAAAAUUUAAAAUGGAAGCAUGCAUUGAACCCAGUCAAUCUUUUGACAUUCUGGAUGAACGUAUCCGAAUUCGUGAAGCUGUACAAAAUGGUUGUAUAGAUGAAGCUGUAGACUUGACAAAUUCUUUGAAUCCAGAUAUACUUGAUUGUAGCUCUUACUUAUUUUUUCAUCUGCAACAACAAAAACUUAUUGAGCUAAUUCGAGAAAAAAAGGUUGAGGAAGCUAUUCAAUUUGCUCAAGAUGUACUGUCAGAGUUGGGCAGUGAAAAAACCGAAUUGCUUGAAGAACUUGAAAAAAGCAUGGCAUUACUAGCUUUUGAGGAUCCAGAAACAUCGCCUUUCGGUGACUUACUCAAACUGUCUCAACGGCACAGGGUAGCCAGUGAAUUAAAUGCUGCUAUACUAGAAUCACAACACCAAGAAACCUUGCCAAAACUAGCUGGGAUAAUGAAGCUAGUUUUAUGGUCUCAAAACGAGUUAGAUAAAAAACAUGUGAGAUAUCCUAAAAUGGUAGACAUAGCAACUGGAAAGAUUAAAAACUCUUCAGAUAAUAAAAUAACUACUAUAACAAUCACAUAACAUUUUGUGUUUAUAUAAUUAUGUACUGUGCAUAUAUGUGCCUCCUACAAGGAACAUAAAAAACAUGCAAAAUAUCCUAAGAUGGUGGACAUGGCAACUGAAAAGAUUAAGAACUUCUCAGAUGAUAACAUAACUAUAUAUAUAACAUCACAAAAAAUUUUGUGUAUAUAAUUAUGUACUGUACAUAUAUGUUAUUCAACCUCUUCUUUUUAUGUGACUGUUAUAUGACACAUAAAUAACUGCUGUUGUUUGUAUUAUUUUUAUUGUGAAACACCUUUUACGAUAUAACAGUAUUUUAUCCUUGAA